UGGUGCUACUGGUUAUAAAUGGAUGUGACUGCUCAGAUGUAACGUUCUGUUUGUUAAACCAUUAGUGAGUGUCAGGUGUAAAGGUUCAAUGUUUAGUGUGUGGUGAACCAUGUCUGUGUUGGAUAGUAUUGUUCUCCAGACUCCCAGCUUGGUGACUCUGCUGGGGACUGUGGUGUUUCUGCUGCUCCUCUACCUCCUCUCCUGCAGCUCUCAGGAACAGGGGAAGGAUCCUCCAGGACCCAGACCACUACCUCUGCUGGGGAACUUACUGAUGCUGGAUCUCAAGAGGCCGUACCAGACACUCUGUGAGCUCUCCAAGAAAUAUGGAUCAGUAUUCAAGAUCCAUUUUGGACCCCAGAAAGUAGUGGUCCUGGCCGGAUACAAGACAGUCAAGGAGGCUCUGGUCAACCAUGCUGAGGAGUUUGGAGACAGAGACAUCACCCCUAUAUUUCAGGACUUAAACAAUGGACAUGGGAUCCUGUUUUCUAAUGGAGAGUCUUGGAAAGAGAUGAGGCGCUUUGCUUCCACUACCCUCAAAAACUUGGGGAUGGGCAAGAAGAUGAGUGAGGAGAAGAUCACAGAGGAGUGUGGCAACCUGAUUGAAGUGUUUGAGCAACAUGAGGGCAAAGCAUUUGACACAACCCAGUCGGUGAAUUAUGCCGUAUCCAAUAUCAUCUCCGCCAUCGUAUAUGGGAACAGGUUUGACUACAGUGACCCAAAGUUCAGAGCAAUGGUGGACAGAGCUACUGAGACUGUAUGUCUAUUAGGAUCUCCAACAAUCCAGUUAUACAAUGCAUUUCCCUGGAUGGGUCCUUGUAUCUGGAACCAAAGACGUAUAAUGAAGCUUUUUAACAUCGAUAAAGAAGAGAUUAAAGACUUAAUCAGAGGUCUGAAGGAGACUCUGAACCCUCAAAUGUGCCAAGGCUUUUUGGACUGUUUCCUGACCAGACAGCAGAACCUGGAGGAAUCAGGGAGCGUGGCUUCUUUGUACCAUGAUGAUAACAUAGUAUAUUCUGUGGCCAACCUGUUUGCUGCUGGGACCGACACCACAGGAACUACGUUACGCUGGGGACUCUUGCUCAUGGCCAAGUAUCCUCACAUGCAAGACCAGGUUCAGGAGGAGAUCAGCAGGGUGAUAGGAAGUCGUCAGGUCUUGGUAGAGGACAGGAAGAACCUUCCCUACACUGAUGCUGUCAUCCAUGAGACCCAGAGACUGGCCAACAUUGUACCCAUGUCCAUCCCUCACGUCACCAGCAGAGAUGUCACCUUCCAGGGAUACUUAAUCAAGAAGGGGACCUCUGUGAUUCCUCUACUGACAUCAGUUCUGCAGGAUGAGAGCGAAUGGGAAAGCCCCCACACUUUUAACCCCGCCCACUUUCUGGAUGACAAGGGGAAGUUUGUCAAGAGGGAUGCCUUCAUGCCUUUCUCUGCAGGUCGCAGGGCGUGUCCUGGGGAGGGUCUGGCCAGGAUGGAGCUGUUCCUCUUCUUCACCUCUCUCCUCCAACACUUUCAUUUCUCUCCUCCACCCGGGGUAACAGAGGAUGAUCUGGACCUCACUCCAGCUGUUGGCUUCACGCUCGUUCCCUCACCACACCAGCUGUGUGCUGUCAGCCGGGGCUGAAGAGAGAGAGACUAGGACCUAGACAUCACUGCUGAAAUAAGUUGAUAGAAACUGAGAAUUUUACAUCAGCCUGCUAUGGAAUAUUUCUGUAGGAAAACAUGAGACAUCCAUUGGAUUUAAUGCUGCUGUGGUUGUUUUCAGAAGUAUAGUUUUUAUUAACAGUAACGCUCAAGAAAUAAA